GCGCAUGCGACCCCGUCGGUACUCUUUUAUCUGCGCAAGGGAAUCUCUCUCUCUCUUCCUCUUUUCCUCCGUCUCUUUCCUCUGUGGAGCACAAUCGAAGCGAAGCAGCGUCAGCCGGUGCGCCUCCAAGAUCGUCCCUCAGCAUCAAUGGUCAAGCAGCACUAUGCCGGCGGGCAGAGCCGGCUUGGUUCUCCCCGCGCGAGCGGUAAAAUCAUCACCUUCAUGCAUUGACAAUUUCCUCGUUAUGCCAUGAAAUCCCUGAGGGAGAUGGAAAUGGGGCUGUAGCCGUGGUGUUAGAUUCUUUGGAAUUUAAGUGCGGAGAUACAGGGGCUUCAUAUCUCUUGCAGUGGAGAGGGUAAUAAGGUCUGAGAUUUGUUGCGUCGAGGUUUCAGGCCAUGGGAUCUGAAGCUCUCGCGGAAGACUGAGGCGAAAGGUCCGAGUUUGUCUCCUGGAAAAGGGAUGGACUUGAAUCAAGGAUGUCCAUUCUGGGAGUCACUUAGUUACGAGAUCCCUAAUCCUUGGGCUCCAAUCACGCCGGAAAAGCAUGUGCCCGGCAAGUCGGAGAGGGCCUGCUUCGAUAUAUGGAAUGGGAGCGGCAGCGGUGGCAGCGACAUCAGCCAUAGCUCUUUUUCGGGAUCGAGUUCCUCAGUAACUGCAUUGGGUUAUUCCAGCCAGGUCUAUGUUCCCCGAACCAGCAGUUACUGUAUGACGCCAAGCAUGGCGACCAUAGGUGAAUCUUCGGUUGGAUGGCAGCAGACGCCUCACACAAAUCUGAUGGCCUUGGCAAACGCAGCAGCCAUCUCUAACAAUUCACCAUUUUUCCAUUCAGGCAACAACUUUGAAGUUGCUGCUACUCCAAGCACAUCGUCACCUGAUGAAGAUUUUCUCCUGAAACUAGACCAUCAUAACUAUGGAUUGGCUAACAGUUUGACACCCAUUACUAAUUUGUUGAUGGGGAAAACAAUAAGCAUGGGUGUAAACAACGGGACAACAUAUCCAUGCACACCAGUAUGUUUGGAGAAAAAUAAACUCGUGCAAGAUUAUUCACCCUUCCAAUUCAUCGACCUGGUAGAUGAUAGUUCAAAUGUACAAAAUAAAUGGAACAAUACAUGGAUGUCACAAGCCCCAGCUGCAGAGCAAGUGGAGUUUGGCAUUUCAGAGUUUGUCUCACCACCUACUUCAUUACCAGUUAUAAUAAAUUCAGGAAUGGAAAUGCCACCUGAGUUACUACUCUCUCUUCAACAAUCGACAGAACUUGAGGCUGUUGUUAGAUCUGAAGAAGGCUAUGAUCAAAGACUGAACCAAGUGACAGAAGGAAAGAUGCACAACAGUGAUUUUGACUUGAACAAGAUGCCACAACAGAAGCCUAAAAGAAAAAAACACAGACCCAAGGUCAUUAAAGAAGGCAAACCAGCCAGAACACCGAAACCAGCCACUCCCAUGCCCAAAACUCCCUCUCAGAAGCGGAAGUACGUAAGAAGGAAGAAUGCCCAAGCCUCUUCAGAGAUCCUGUGCAAUAAACAAUGUGAAACUCCUGCACCACACUGUAAUGCUGAUUUAGGGUCUUCAAAUAAUAUAGGAAACAACUCAUGUCAUAAGAGGAAUCAUGUAAUGACGGAUGAGAACUCUUCACUUUAUUCAAUCAGCAAUCCAGGUGGAACUGCUGAUCCAGAGUAUAUAUGUGGGACUAAAUCAGUUAGAAGAAGGUUGGUGUUUGAAUCAGGGCCUCCUGAAGCUAGAAAUGCAGAUAAAUUAUCAACAGUGGCAUCUGCAUGCAAUCUAGAACCUCUAGUUCAAGUUGCAUGCCCUUCAGGCAACAGUUCUAACAGAAAUAUAGCUGUAAGUAUGCUUCAUUCUGGCUCACUGGAGGUGAUGGACAACUUAGCAUCAGUAAGUCCAUUUAGCCUCAACAGCUCUAUAGAUUAUCUGCCAAAUGAUCACAUGAGUUUGACUUUAACGACAAGUCCUCAACCUGGUGGAGUUGAAACAACUAGAAUUGACCAAAUUCACAAUAGGUGUACAACACUAAAUCCGCCUACACCUCCUCAGCCUACUACUAGGGAAAAUUUGAAAAAGCUAGCUAGGAAAAAGUUCCUUAACAUCACUCCAAACUUGGAUUCACAGCUAGCAUCAAAUUUGCAGCAGCAGAAGAAAAGAACUGGCGAUAUGCUUGAGGAACAUGCUCAUGCCUCCAAUGGUGGUGAGAAACUUGUUGAAUUUAAGGGUCUAAGUCACAAUGCUUCAGAUCUAUCUCAUAAUUUUAAUAACCAGAGAGCAGAGAAUGGGAACAAAUUCACAUCAUCUGCUGCUUCUUCCUUGCCAUGUAUGACUUUGGAUGCAUCUAUAAAUUUAUCUGUGGCUUAUGUGAGAAACUUAUUUCACCUUAAAAACCAGCUAAACUCUGAAGGCAACACGGUUACAAGAUCAGAACUGAAUUUCAAUCCAGACAAUGUAACUUAUGCAUCUUCUGUGGUGGAGCAUAACAAUAUGAUGAAACCUGGAAAAGGGCAUGGAAGAUUGAAUGCUUUGGUGCAUAACAACUCCUCAACUCCUCAACAAAUACUUGGACCUAAGGAGAGACUUAGUGACAAUCCUGACCUUAGAACAUACACGGAAAAUCAAGUUGAAACGAAAAGAAAACGAAGCAGGAAGAAUAAAGAUGCUCAGAAUGCAAUUCACAUAACAGACACAAAUAAUGUGGAUUUGCAAGGCCAAAGGGUGACUUCUGGAGUGUUGAUACCUUUUGGGUGUUGUCCAGAUCAAAAGACUAUGGAACUACCCAUAUUUUCUACAGGGGACUUCAGUAAGCAAGGUUCCAAUCUUGUGAGUAUAGAUAGUUUAAGUUCAGAUGUGAUAUUACCAUAUGCCAAUUUGUUGGAUGAUGUCACUUGUAGGUUGAGAGAUCUUAGAGUUUUUGAGUUUGAUCCAACUAAUAUACAAAAUGCUAUUGUUCCUACUAAUAUACAAAAUGCUAUUGUUCCUUAUGUUGGAGAUGGUGUAAUUAUUCCAUAUGAGGGCCCAUUUGAUCUCACCAAGAAACGACGCCCUCGCCCUAAGGUUGAUCUAGAUCAUGAGACAAAUAGGGUCUGGAAUCUUCUAAUGGGAAAGGAAAGGGGUGACACUGAUCAGGGUACAAAUGCUGAAAAAGAAAAAUGGUGGGAAGUAGAAAGGCAAGUUUUUCGUGGGCGUGUAGAUUCAUUCAUUGCUCGAAUGCAUCUUGUCCAAGGGGACAGACGUUUCACUAAGUGGAAAGGUUCAGUUGUGGACUCGGUUGUUGGUGUUUUUCUGACUCAAAAUGUUUCAGAUCAUCUUUCAAGCUCUGCCUUCAUGUCACUUGCUGCAAAAUUCCCUCCAAAGUCACGAUGCACAAAUUCAGAAUACAGUGAUAUAUGUGCCAAGCAUGAAGAUACCAGCAUAAUAUGCCUUGAUGGCAUAAGCAAGAUGCACGGACAGACAGUGGAUAGACAAUUGCAAGGCACAAGAUCUUUGGUAGCUGGUUCAAAGGAAAAUGUAAUGGGUGUCAGUAAUGAUUCACCAGAUAGAGAGUCAGGCACCCCAGACACUCAGAUAGGAUGUGAAUGUGUAGCAGAGGCUGAAGGCAGAUGGGCAAUCGAGGAUGUUGGUUCAUACCAAGACUCUGUUGUUUCAUCCCAAGACUCUUCCGAAAAUGCAGUUCAGAUAAUUGAUCACUUUGGGAUAAAUUCCUUGUCAAACAUUAGAGAAGAAGAUUUAACAAUACAAAGUUUGUGUCAUGGUUUUGACAAAUCAACUUCAUUUACUGGGCUUUUGAACUAUGUCUUGGAUGUAUCAGGCAAUCUCAGUAAUAAUAGUCCAUCCAUUUUAACACCUAAUAUUAAUGCUCAAGAUACAAAGCGUGCUGAAACAAGUUCUGCUGCACUUCCAUUGCCACAUCUAUUCGACGAUUGUUCAAGUUCAGGAUUAACAGUCAUGGAGCAUCUCAAUGAACAAACUAAGAGAAGCAUGUCUCAGCCUGAUUCAGAUCUGUCAGAAAUGAAAAAGGCAAACACAAUUGAGUUAAGUUCACCCAAUGAGCAUUCAGCAGACAAAAUUACUGGAGUGAUAUACUUGCAGAAUUCGGAAGCUGUUCCUGGGACUCGAACUGCAAUUGGUUUAUUUCCAGAUGCAUGCAAAAAUUCUCUACAACCUCUCUCUGGUGCAGAAGCAGAAUCUUGCCUUAGAAAGCUAUAUUACUACCCUACCAGCGUCCAAAAAGAACUAAAUGAAGGUUUGCUAGGUCAAUCCAUUUCCCAGGGAUGCUCACUUGUAUCUGAAAAUUGUUCAAUCAAACUCCAGCCAGAGGAUAUAAAAAUAUGUGAAAAUUGGAGUACCAAACAAGCUAUUGAAUUGGAACUUCAAAAGAAACAUUAUGAAACCCUGCAAAAAUCCCAAGUUUGGCAUGAUAACAAGGAUCCAUUGGAAAUGUCUAAGAGUCUCCAAUUAGACUUGAAGGAUGAUGAUGCUCUCAUUUCAAAUAAGGCAUCAGAUGAAACAGCAAAAAAUAAAGCUAAAAGGAAGAUUGAUAAUGAAAGAAAGAAGGCCUAUGACUGGGAAAGUUUGCGGGAAGAGGUAUACCGUGUUGGAAGUAAAGAGGAGAGAGACCUGGAUAAAAUGGAUUCAGUCGACUGGGAAGCAGUAAGGUCUGCUGAUGUGAGGAAAAUAUCAGAGACCAUUAGAGAGAGGGGAAUGAACAACAUACUGGCUGAGAGGAUAAAGGAAUUUCUAAAUAGACUGGUCAGAGAUCACGGAAGCAUUGACCUUGAGUGGUUAAGGCAAACUGAACCUGACAAAGCCAAGGACUACCUCUUAAGCAUACGAGGAUUAGGACUAAAGAGUGUUGAGUGUGUGCGACUUUUGACACUUCAUCAUCUAGCUUUUCCUGUUGAUACAAAUGUUGGUCGCAUAGCUGUCAGAUUGGGAUGGGUACCACUACAACCUUUGCCUGAGUCCCUCCAGUUGCAUCUGCUAGAGCUCUACCCCAUACUAGAGACAGUUCAAAAGUACAUUUGGCCGCGACUCUGUAAACUUGACCAGCGGACUCUAUACGAGUUACAUUACCAAAUGAUUACUUUUGGAAAGGUUUUUUGCACAAAAACCAAGCCGAACUGCAAUGCAUGCCCAAUGAGAGGAGAAUGCAAACAUUUUGCGAGUGCAUUUGCUAGUGCUAGAUUGGCACUCCCUGGACCAGAAGAAAAAAGCUUAGUGCACAUAUCUAUGCCCAUUGCCUCUGAAACCAACAAUGAACAAAUUUUCAGUCCAAGACCUGUAUAUCAGAUUGAGGGAAUUGAUGGCUUACACUCCAUAACUGUUCCAGAAAACUGCAUACCUAUCAUUGAGGAACCUGCAACACCAGAAGCUGAAUGUGUUCAAAUAGAAGAACGUGCAAUUGAGGAUGCAUUUUAUGAGGAUCCAGAUGAAAUUCCUGCAAUUAAAUUAAAUAUUGAAGAAUUCACGCACAACUUACAAAAUUAUAUGCAAGCAAAAAACAUGGAGAUUCAAGAUGUUGACAUGUCAAAGGCUUUGGUCUCUAUCAGUCCAGAGGUUGCUUCAAUUCCCAUGCCCAAGCUCAAGAAUGUGAGUCGCCUACGAACAGAGCAUCAUGUAUACGAACUUCCAGAUUCACAUCCUCUCUUAGAAGGGUUGGAUGCAAGAGAGACUGAUGAUCCUUCUUCGUAUCUUCUGGCUAUAUGGACUCCAGGUGAAACUUCACAAUCUACAGAACCACCACAAGCAUCUUGUAACACACAAGAAACAGGUGUAUUCUGCAACAUGGCUACAUGCUUUACCUGCAGUAGUAGGCAAGAAUCACAAGCACAUAUUGUCAGAGGAACAAUUUUGAUUCCAUGCCGAACAGCUAUGAGAGGAUCUUUUCCACUCAAUGGAACCUAUUUUCAAGUCAAUGAGGUCUUUGCAGAUCAUGAAACAAGCCGGAACCCAAUUGAUGUACCCAGGGACUGGAUAUGGAAUCUGCCAAGGAGGACAGUAUACUUUGGAACAUCAGUACCAUCAAUAUUUAAGGGACUAACCACUGAGGAGAUACAACUUUGCUUUUGGAGAGGAUUUGUUUGUGUGAGAGGUUUUGACAGAAAAACAAGGGCACCAAGGCCUCUCUAUGCCAGAUUGCACAUUGCAGCAAGCAAGACACAGAGAAACAGCAAAGAUCAAAGUAAGCCACCGGGAAAGAGUAAGCCACCAGGAAAGACGGCGACUGAGACCAAUCACAAUCAGACUGAAUCCAUUUUGAUCUCAUUAACUGCUGUAACAACACCUCACUAACACCAGGACCAACCAUCCAUUUGGAGAUGCUGGCACUGAAUUGCUGAUUCGAUGAUUCAAUAAUCUCAAGCUCAAAAUAAGCAACCCAUUCUGAGAGCAGGGCUAAUUAUUGUUUCUGCAUGCUCCAUUCAUGCCGUCCGUUUGACUUAGGAAGAAGGGGACUGCUCGAUGCUGGUCAUGAAAUAAUCUUUGCCAGACAUUGUCAACUGUUAAUUGUGUCACUUAGGGUAAUUUUAGUCCAGUUCAUUUUUUUUUUCUUUUCAAAUGUAGUUACAUUACAGUCUAGGAAUCUCUGUUGUAGUUGAAGGAAAUUGCAUUCCAGAAGCUUAACCUGACUGAAUCAAGCAAUGAAUGCUUUCAGGAAGAAAAACAUCCACUAGUUGUUAUCAUC